AUAGUUUUUGCUGAAUCACUCGGUAAUUUGCGACAUCGUGUGAAAUCGUUCCCCACUAAUAAUUAACUGGAAAACAAAUGAUUGAAGUUAAUUAAAAGCAAACUUCAGAUGUACCAACGAAUGGUUAAUCGACGGUAUUAUUAAUCAUUGGUAAAUUCACUACAUAGAUUAACAAAAAAUUAAAUAAAAUAUUUAGAAAAACAGCCUUACGCGUUCUGCAAAGGACAAUCGAAUUAUUUUGGCCGAAGAAAAUGAGCGAACUGUCAUCGGACAGAUAAUGAAACGCAAAGAGGUAGUCACUGACGAUGAAACGGAGAGCGGAGAAAGUAUUGAAGAAGAGGUUACCGGGAGCGAUGAAUCUGUACCGGCGAGCGUUAAAAAGGAUCAAAUCUUCGGCGUAUCUAAUUUCGAAUUCUCUUACAAACGACUACCCAAGAAAUGCAUCAAAUUCUCAUUUCUAUGCUUAAACGGUGCAACGUUCUUUUCAGGUAUAACAGCAUUCAUUAUAUCGAUAUGGAUGCUGGCUGACACGAAAUUAAUGUCCAGGCUUGUAGGUCAGCGACUUUUUGUAACGAUACUACUUUUCGUCGGUUUGUUAACGGCCGUUAUUUCUUUUAUCGGUAUUCUUUCCAUAGUGAAGAAAAGAAGAAGAUUUUUAAACAUCGUGAGUCUUGUGAUUAUCUAUAUUAGAUUGGCACAAAGCUGGUGAUAUUUUCUGUUCCUAAAUCUGCUAAUGAAUCAUUCUCAAUUACAGUACAUAUCGUGCCAAGUGACAUCUUUGUGCGUUAUCUUCGUUUCCGCGAUAAUGAGUUUUUCGUUCUUUGAUAAAAUCAUGAGAAGGAUACGCGAAGAUAUGGUUAACACAAUAGUCAACUACCAUUCUUUAGAUUGGGUUACCGAAGCCUGGGACAACACUCACAGAUACGUAAGGGAUUCGUGCGACAAAAAGUCCAUCGACGCGAUGCUCGAAAAUACGGAAAAUCUAAACAAUUCACACGAAAUUGCAUCAAGGAAUAUGUAUUUAUCUGCAUUA